GCAUUCAUCACAACCAUAUAUCUGUUCUUGGGUUUGCAAUCUCCUUUCUAGCAUUUGGUGGCCCAUUUUCUACAAAACCCAUCUUUGGUUUUGAUUAUUUGGAAAAAUGAGCAGUUCUCUUUUCAAGUUCUUUGCAUUCCUUCUCUUGGGUUUCUUCAUCUCUCUAACGACCCCGACGGUUGAUGCUAAAAUACGCCGCUACAAAUGGGAGGUCCAGUACCAAUUUAAAGCUCCUGAUUGCUAUAGGAAGCUGGCCAUUGCCAUCAAUGGCAAGACUCCUGGGCCUACCAUCUUAGCCCAACAAGGUGACACCAUCAUCGUCGAGCUUAAAAACAGCUUGCUGACGGAGAACGUCGCCAUCCAUUGGCAUGGGAUUCGACAGAUCGGAACGCCGUGGAGCGAUGGAACCGAAGGUGUGUCGCAGUGUCCAAUCACGCCCGGGGACACAUUCGUGUACAAGUUUGUAGUUGAUAGGCCAGGAACUUACCUUUACCAUGCACAUUAUGGAAUGCAAAGAGAAGCUGGACUCUAUGGUUCGAUUCGAGUGUCCGUCCCUGAUGGGGAGACGGAACCGUUCACGUACGACUAUGAUAGAAGCAUCAUCCUUACUGACUGGUGGCACAAAAGCACCUACGAGCAAGUGACCGGCCUAUCAUCCAUACCCUUUCAAUGGGUGAAUGAGCCUGAGUCUCUUCUGAUACAAGGAAAGGGAAGAUUCAAUUGCUCUCUAGUCACUCCUUCCAGCUCCAACAAUGCUGCGAUCUGCAACACAUCUAAUCCAGAGUGCGGUCCUUAUGUGUUAACGGUGGUGCCAGGGAAGACAUACCGCCUGCGAAUUGGCAGCCUGACUUCUCUAUCCGCUCUUAAUUUUGGAAUUGAGGGACAUAACAUGACUGUAGUCGAAGCCGACGGUCACUAUGUUGAGCCCUUCGUUGUCAAAUAUCUGAAUAUCUACUCGGGUGAGACAUACUCCGUCCUGGUGAAAGCCGAUCAGAACCCUUCAAGGAACUACUGGGCCACCACUAAUGUGGUCAGCAGGAGACCCAAUACUCCGACUGGCCUAGCAAUCUUCAACUACUAUCCGAACCACCCAAGAAAGUUGCCCACCACGACCCCACCAACUGGACCACUCUGGAAUGAUACAAAUGUCCGAGUGGCCCAGAGUCUCAAGAUCAAGUCCCACAAGGGCUACAUCCACCAACCUCCCCUCACCUCUGAUAGGGUGAUGAUACUCCUCAACACACAAAACAGAAUCAACGGCUUCGUUCGAUGGUCGAUUAACAAUGUAUCAUUCACCCUCCCUCACACACCAUAUCUAGUUGCUCUUAAGGAGAACUUAACCAAUGCCUUUGAUCAGACCCCACCACCAGAAACGUACGACUAUGCAAAUUAUGACAUAUACAGCAUUGCGCCGAAUACCAAUGCCACUUCUAGCAACUCGAUAUACCGGUUAAAGUUCAAUUCGACGGUGGACAUUAUCCUACAGAAUGCAAACACGAUGAACCCAAACAACAGUGAGACGCAUCCGUGGCACCUUCACGGGCAUGACUUCUGGGUGCUGGGCUAUGGGAAUGGAGUGUUUGAUCCGGUUAAUGACCCAAAGAAGUACAACUUGGUGGACCCGAUAAUGAAGAACACGGUGCCAGUCCAUCCAUACGGGUGGACCGCGCUGAGGUUUCGGGCAGAUAACCCUGGUGUGUGGGCAUUCCAUUGCCAUAUAGAGGCCCAUUUCUUCUUGGGCAUGGGUGUAGUGUUUGAAGAAGGGGUGGAGAAGGUUGGGAAGCUGCCUUCAUCUAUCAUGGGCUGUGGUGAAACGAAAGGGUUGAAAAGGCCUUAGCUUUUGAUAGACUAGUGAUGAUUUUGUGUGUAGUUUUAGAGUUUAGGUGGCUCACAUUCUUUGAAUGGAUGAUCUGUAAUAUAUUCUUUUGGAUUCUGAAAUAAAAAAAGUGGCAUUUCAUCCCC